GGAUAUUGGUUCUUUGGUUAAUAAUUUUAAAAAUUUUCAAAACAUUGGCGCUUUGAUAAGUAAACAGGGGAAAAUCGUUUCUGCUAAAAUGUGAAAAAAAUGUUUAUUUAGAAAAAUACAUUGUUUCUAGUUCAACAUUUUUAUUUUUACCAAGUUAAACUUUUUAUUGAAAGAAGUAUGAUUCCUGAUAGGAUUAUUAAGAAAAUACCUGGACAGCCACCCCCUUCCGUUCGUGAAAAGCAGGGAUAUAUUGAAGAUUUGAGCUCGUUACCUAGACACAUGUUAUUGGAACUUAUUGACAGACAAAAUAAACUCAUAGGAAAUAAAGCCUUCAUCAGCAAACUCCCAGACAAGGGCGCCAGGAUCGUCCAGUUCCGCGAGAAGCUGCUCACGGAGUUGACAGCGAGAGACAAGGUGGACGAUGCGUGUGGCUUGUUGUCGAAGCUGAGUCUGACAGCUGACGAAUUGGAAUGGCAGAAGAAAGGAGACAAACUUGAGGAAAGCACCAAAGACACUCCAGCCCUCGACAGCGAUGACGAAAGUGAAGGCGAAGUUGACCCACUUAAAAUUAUUGCAACCCACUCAGGAACUACGCUGCACAAAAAACAGCACAGGUUCGAGAAGCCGGAGAGAAGCUUGGUCAAGCCGGGAGAUAUCGCGGAGGACGCGGUCGACGGGUACGUGAAGGCGCUGUGCGGCAAGCUGGAGCAGCGAAGCGGCUCGGGGAAGCGGGAGAGGUUCCGGCCCAACAGGACGCUGAGGAGCAGCGUGGACGCGGUGGCGUCCCCCCCGAGGAAGCCCCACCACUGGGAGGUGACCGCGGCCACCCCGCCCCCUCUCGUCCACGACGAGGUCAGGCUGGUGAGCCUGCAGGAGUCCUUCGAGCUGCAGAAGCAGCAGGCCUCCAGACUGCAGGAGGUGCAGGCGCGACACGCGACGGAGAGGCUGAAGGCUCUCGCCGGCCUGCGCACGGGCGAGGCCGUGCCAGGGCCGGCUGCGCGGGGCCCGUACCGUGACGCACGCCACAGCGACUCCAGCAGCAGCAGCUCCUCCGAGGACGAGGGGGGCGGGGAGGAGGAGGAGGAGCCCCGGGAGAAGGACACGGCCGUCAUGUACUCGCUCGUCGACGCGUAGCCUCGUCGCUCGCAUCUGCGCGGGAACUGGGAGUGUGCCGUUUUGAGAUCGCGUGACCUCGCAUCAGUCUUGCGGGGAGUAAAAGUUUUGUUCAGGCCGGCUUGCACAGUCUUCCUUUGAGGAGGGAAAGAAAAAUGUUUUUAUUUUUUACUAGCCUGCGAAGAUUUACUGAGCAAGCUGGCGUUUGGACUUUAUUUACUAUAAAAAAAUUUACAUAGUUUGAUUCCAGUUAGUUGAGCACUUUCGAAAGAUCUGUCAGUUACCAUCUUUCAGUCACACUUGCAUAUUAUGAUUUACCUAUUUGAAUUCAUGGGUUACAAUCAAGUGUGUGAGAUGGAAUUAUAUUAUAUAUUUUAUGUUUAAUAAAUGCCACCCAUAAUAAUUACAGCAGUUAAUCACACAAAUAUAUGAACUUAAUUUUAACAGUUUUUGAAUAUUGGUUGAUGUCAAUGAUAAUUUUUUAUUUGACACUAAAGAAGAUACUUGUGUGUUUUAACGUUCUGAGUGCUGAAGAAGUUAUACACUGCCAGUUGUGAUGGUCAUAGUGAGGUCAGAACUGAAAGGAUUGCUAGACAUUGUGAUAUCAGUUUCCACUUAAUUUUUAUUGCUACCAGAAGAACAGUAUUUGAAGUAAAAAAAAAAGUUUAGUAACAGUAUUUUUGACAUUUUUUGUUUCCUAAAGUCCAUCUUACGUGAGUUUCUUGUAAUGUACUGCACUUAUACUACUGGCCUUAUGAAGUUAUUUGUACAUUAUGAUUAAAAUGUUUAAAGUGACAAA